CUCUGAACCACCUGGAGGGUGGAAUAAUUAUGGGGGAGGAUGGAAUAAUAAUGGUGGAGGAUGGAACUCCGGGGGAGGAAAUGGUUGGGGAAACAGGCCACGACGACCCGUCCGAUGCUACAAUUGCGGCCAGUUUGGGCAUUACUCGCGCUAUUGUUCGAUGCCGGGCCAACGAGGGAACUAUUAUCAAGAGGGUUCAUGCAGCAAGGAGGAGGAAACAACGCCCCAGGAGGAAGUGGAGGGGGAGGAGUCUCUAUCAAUGGAGGGAGCGGAGGAGGAAGUCACAAUCCGGGAGGAGGUAGCCAGGGGGUAGAAACUAACUCUGCACCGGUCGUAAAGCUAAGUAGGGAGCUUGAGGAGUCGUUAGGUGCUAUGGCGUCGUUUUUUAAAUUAUCUUUGGAAGAUAGGGCUAAGGCUGAAGCAGCGCAAAAGAAGGAGAAGGGAAAUAGGAAAAAAAUCGAACGGGAGAAAGCGGAGAAGAAAGAGGCGAAGAGAUUAGCCUUGGAGAAAAAGUCCGAUGAGGAUAAGAAGGAAGCGGACCGCAUCUGGGAAAUUCGGAAGAUGUUCGGAGAGCAACGGGUGCUUUUAAGGAAAGAGGUGAAAAAAACAGUGAACGAGGAAAUUAUCGAAAUGGUUAGGACCGACGGAAAGAAGGUGGUCGGAGAUGAUGAAUGGGAAGACUGGGAUGAAGGGGAAGAUCCGGAAGAGGACGAAGGAGCAGGGGAGGAACUAGGUGGUAGAAGGAGAAAGAGGGCUCCUCCACAAGGAAGGGGAACGAAAGUCAGCCCGCCGGUUGAGACACCGCCUAAGGCCGCACGGGCAAAUUGUUCACGGCAGUCUGUGUUCCCGCUAGCCUCACCGGUUGAGCCCGAAAGGAGAGGUAGAGGGCGACCAAAGAAGAAGGACGCUUCACCGCUCAUCAUUGACCCAUGGAAUGGGGCACCGUGUUCCGUUGACUUCGAGAACAGAACGAGUUUUAAAGUGAUUAUGGUGAAGUUCGUUGGAAGGAAGGUGUGUUCGGAGCUCAAAGAGAUGUGCAAGAAGGAUGGAAUUAGUUGGCGAGGUAAGAAAGACGAAGCAGUCGAAGAACUCGCUGAGUUGCGAGUCAUGCAAAGCAUCUUUGAGGCACGAGUGCCAUGCCCAGGGGGUAGGGGAGUCCAAGUAAGUGCGCCCGCGGGUAAGGCCAGCGAUAACGGAGUUGCUGACCCGGAUGAACGGGGAGGGGGAGUUGAGUAAUGACCGAAUUUGGGAGUACUUGCGGGAGGUGUGCGUUAUUAGGGGUAGGUUGGAAACGGAUAGGGGAUCUAGGACGAUU